CGACAUAAAUAAAGUGUAACGCAUCCCGGAAGUGACAAUGAAGAUGACAGACGAAAACAUUCACGCGAGCCCAGAAAUUUCCACGGAUGAUGUUAAAAACCUUAUUAAAAAGAAAGACGACAUCGAGGAGCAAAUUAAAGCUUACUACGACGUCCUGGAAGACCAAGGUGUCGGGCUCGACGGUCCCUUGGUGGACGCCGAAGGUUACCCGAGGUCCGACGUCAACUUGUACCAGAUAAGAACAGCCAGACACAAUAUUUCAUGCCUGCAGAAUGACCACAAGGCCAUCAUGGUGGAGAUAGAAGAAGCCUUACACAGGCUGCAUGCUCGAGAGAAGGCCAAGAGGCAGCGUGACGAGACAGAAGCCCAGGAGGAGGCCAUGGUGCUGCAGGUCACGCUUCCCCCCGCCUUUGCACGCGUGGAUACCGUCAUGCAGGGCUCGCCCGCCUCUGGGGCUGGCCUCAAAGUCGGAGAUGAAGUCAUCGAGUUUGGUUCGGUGAACACGGAGAACUUUCAGAGCCUCCACAACAUUGCCUCUGUGGUGCAGCAUAGUGAAGGGAAGCCACUUCGAGUGACGGUGAUCCGGGCGGGUCAGAAAGCUCACAUGAGUCUGACUCCACAGAGGUGGUCUGGCAGAGGUCUGCUGGGGUGCAAUAUUGUCCCAAUUCCACGGUGAUCAUCAAUCACAACAUGACAAUUGUCUCUACAACCACAUGUUCACACACGGCACAAUAUUCCAUCUUGUUCAUAAGGGAUGUUUUCUUUUAUUCAUGAGGAAUAAACCUUGCAACGUUA